CAACACACAGUGAAAUGGAUCAUUUUGUGUCAACGACCAACACAAUCUGAGGAUGUGGUGAGGGCAGCCCGCAAGAGUCGCCACGUUUCCAACACUGACACAGCAUGCCCACAACUUACUAACCCUAGCCCGUAGGUCCUCGGAAUGCAGGAGGAAACCAGAGCUCCCGGAGGAAACCCACACAGCCACGGGAGAAUGUACAAAUUCCUCACAGAGAGCAACAGAAGAUGAACCCCAGUCAGUGACCUCUGGUGCGGUGAAGUGUUACGCUUUUGUGUAGAUAAACCCAUCCCAAUUUAUAUUAGAUUUCCAGCAUUGAUGUUAAUUUCUUUUAUCUUUUCCCCUAACAAAGCCAUAUUGCAUACAGUACUUUAAUGGUGUCCAUACCCUGUGUAUGCAGGUACGCCCAAUAACUUAACAUCCUACCACCCAGCUUCACCUAUCACCUUCCAGCUAGUCCUCCUCCCCCCUCUCUGGAGUCUUCCUGCUUCCUUUCCAGUCCUAAAGGGUCUCGACUCAGAACGUCGACUGUUUAUUCCUUUCCAUAGGUGCAGCCUGACCUGCUGAGUUCCUCCAGCAUUUUGUGUGUGUUGUGUCGCUCUGCAUUUCCAGCAUCUGCAGACUUUCUCCGGUUUUUGACUAAUCCCUGCCCUGGGAGGGUGGACAGACGUCAGGCGCUCACUGUUCACGGCAGGAACCGCUCCGGAAUCUGGAGUAUUCUCGGAGAUGAUCACGCUGAGCCACUUCGCUCAGAACUCUGGAAUGUAGACGAUCAGGUCCCCGGCUGGUUUUCCCAGCGCUCUCCGGUGUCGGCUGCGAGGGGGCAGUGCAGAUACUGUACCGUGCAGCUCAGAGGCGAGUGGCGUCGUCAGAGAGGCAGGCACGGGGACACGCGAGUUUAGAGAGGGCGCAGGAACAAGGUAGUUUUCAGGGAGGGGAAGGGAAAGGUAGUUGAAAGAGAGGGGAGGCUGAGUUUAGAGAGGGAAACAGUCACGGAGAGCGAGUUUAAAAGGGAGGGGAAGAAAGAGUGAAGGAGAUUGCCGGAGAUUUCAGAGGGGAGAGACUGAGUUUGGGAGGGGGGGAGAGCGAAUAGAGGGGCGGUUUAAGGAGAGGGAGACGGCUUAGGGAGAGAGUGUGUUUACAGAGAGCUGAGUUGGCGUGAGGAGGGAAAGUGACCGACUGACGGGCAGGCGAGGUGCGCUGCAGGUGCGGAGGGACUGGUUCGCGUCCGGCUCCGGCUCUGGUUCUGGUUCUGGUUCUGGAAGCGAUGCGCUGCAGCGCGGACGUGCGGCGAUGAGAAAGUCGGGGCCGGGAGAGACCCUGAGCCGGCUGUUGCGGAGGCGGAGCUCGCCCUCGCUGUACACGGUGGCCCCGGUGUCGGACCGGGAACCUGAUAAACUGAAUGAGAUCUCAGUGCUGACGUCUGGGGAAGGGGCACCAAAUGCGAUCGUGGACUCCGGAACUGCGAAAGUGAAGCAGAGACCAACUGUCAAGCUUGGCAUUCCUUUCCUUGAUCGGCCAAAACCUGCAGUGCCAACUCCAAACCUGCAAGAUCAGAUGUUGCUUUCGAAGAUCCCAAGAACAAUGAUUAUCACAGGUAAUGACGGGAAGUCCAGCAUUGACCAACCAAUCCUCGGAGGCUAUGGCAACGGAAUCGCCAGCGCAGACGAUGAGUGGAUCCCACCCCCUCCUCCCAUGGCUCCCCCACCUCCCCCGCCACCUCCAGUGCAGAGUCCGCACAGCGGCCACCUGCCGUACGAUUUGACUGUCCCACCGCCACCCAACAUGGCCCCACCCCCGCCACCCCCUCACCACUCCAGCCACCUGCAGCAGCACCCAAACCUCCCGGCACCCAGUCCACUCCCUGACAACAUCCACCUGCCGGCCCCAGCGGCGAUUCCUCUGGCACCCCCCCUGUCCGCUCCCCCAGCGCCCCCCCUUUCUGCUCCCCCAGCACCUCCGCUGAUGGCCCCUCAAAAAACCCUUCCAACAACUGGCCAGUACCCCAGGGCAACCCCCCCUGUUCUUCCGCCAAGUGACUACGUUAAGGUGCACAGUGAAACCUCAAGGGCCAGUCACAUUAGGCCCCCUAAAAAACAGCCCCCUCCUCCCCCGCAGAGGGAUCUAACGCACCCCCCGAAACCUGAGCGACACCCGCCAUUUGGGCCCAACUCUUCGCAGAUCGCCAUCUCGAACACCAUUUCCUUUCUGGCUGACCCACCUGAGCCAUCAAAGGUUGCAUCCACCUUCAACCCCAAGGCGACAGCGAAGCUCUACGGGUUCUCCGAUCCGGUUAGUGGGCCGGAAGCCUCGGCGGAAAGUGACCGCAAGGUGAGAGGCAAAUCUACGAUCGUCAUGCAAGAUGCCAAGCCCUUCUCAGUGGAGUCUGCUAUGCACCAGAAGGUGGUGAUAGAAGGAAGUGGUGAAUAUCCAGUCAUGAGCAAAGCACAGGCAGAUUCCAGUGCAUCCAGACCGCAGAAACCAGCUCGCAGGAACCAGGCAGUGGUUCAGCCCAAAUCAGGACCAAACAUUCCCGCCUACCUGCCUGUGGACUACCUUGUCUCAGGUCCGACUGAAAACCAUUGGAAUGGUAACACUGAUGUUCAACAGGCGGGCUCAAACCAAGUUCAGGAUUCAAACAACAAUCAAACUUUCACCAAUCUGCCCAUUUCUGGGAAACCGAGGGAAGAAGAGAGAGGAGAGUCCAGCGAAGCGAGUGACUUUGGAAGCCGGAAUUCCUCAGGAAGUGGCUUGUCAGAUUUCCCGUAUGUCAAGUUGAGCGCCCCGGCAGCCAGAACCGCAGAUUUACCAGAUUCUUUGUCAGAACCAACUCAACGGGGCUUGAAGCACAGUGCUGAAGCACGCUCACCGCUGGCCCUUCUAAUGGCUGCCAAGCAGCGAGACCUGAAAAACAAAACUCCCAAAUCUCCCUCGGAUGCCCCGACCCUAUCCAUGGGGGGCACUCGGUACAUUAAGUCAACCAAUCCAAAUUCGUUCCAAAUUAUGCCACGAUCGACUUACCAGAAGCAGUUGUUACUGGGAGAGCAAGACAUUACGACACCAAGCGAGGAUGGAGAUGGUGACGUUCCUCCCGGAGGUGCAGAAAGGAGCCUGAACUUGUCUGAGUUUUCCUUCCCCAGGGUUACUGAACUCGAGAGCUCCCACAAAGACGAAGACAUGUCCUCACUCUUGCUUCCGCCUCCUCCUCUCUUCAGUGACGAAGACAACGAAGAAUUCCCACUCCCGUUCCUGCCGCCGCCUGCGGAAUUUUCCAACGACGAUGACAAUGGGAGUGCUUCCAUGGAAUCGGAGCGAGAAGGAGGCAGGUCAGACAGCUCUAGCCCCUCUGUACAAGGACCUACCUAUGAAAGGGGUGGUCGCUGGACAUCCCCUCACCGUAACAGCCCAGCCAGUGUAAGCACCCACCUCACUAACAGACCAUCAAUAAAUGCAUCAUCUUCUGUCUCAAACUCCAAUGGAUUGAAGCCAUUACUGGCACCAAAGCCCAGCAACGCAGCCCUGAAUACAAGUUCCAGCAAACUUCAUAUUUCCAACCACCUUCUGGCUAAAGCACACGACAGAAAUGUGCCAAGACUGGAGCAGAAGCAAUCAGAGGCUAGAAUAUCACCGAACGGUCUGUUGGCGAAGAGUAAUCUUAUUGGUGAACUGCAGUCCAAGGUGCAGACUUUAAGCACCCAGUCAGAUGCGGGGUCUAAAAGCUUCCACAGUACAAAAUUUUCACAAUUUCAUGGAAAGACCUUCACGGUCCGACCUGGUACAAAACAACCAAUUACUGUGGUCGGCACUUCAACCACCAAAUGAGCAAGCAACUAGUCUGCCAUGAAAGAUAUUUUCUGGCAGCUUCAUCUAGACAUCAGCUUGUUAACCGGAGGAUGGUGCCAACGGCUUCAAUUUUCCUGAGGAGAGGUCAAAAAUCCUGCUGACCUGAUGAGAUGGGAUGCCAGUGUGCAGAAGAUAUUUUUAGCACCGCUUGUAUUGAACUGAGGAUUAUAUAAGGUGUAUGUUAUUGACAACUAUAUUUAUUGAAGUAUCUUUCUGCACAUUUUCCCUUUUACUGGUUGUACAACACAAAAACACUAAUCUGUGUAGUAUUUUAGCAUGGUUCUGGCCCAUAAUCUUAUAACCUGUUGAUUUAACCUAAUUCCCAUGUAAACUCCACAUAGAAAAAGUACAAUUUUUGACAUAUAAUCAAUCAAAUCUCUUUUUUUUCCCACUUUUUGAACCACUGUGUAUACAUCAUGUAGGCCUGUUUUUAAGCUAAGCAUGUAACCAAUGAAAAUGUUCUGUAAUAUAUUAAAUUAUUUAUUUUUAUUACAAUUUACUUCUCAGUAAUUAGGUAUUAACUUGUACAAUGUAUCCGUCUCCGGAGCUAAGUCUGGUGAAGUGAGUCUACUUUAAUGGCGCAGAUCGUUAACGAUUGCUGUUUGCUUAGCCUGUUCUACAAUCCUCAUGUAAUUAAAUGACAAAAUUGUUCACCUUAUAACUUGUGUUAAAAAAAUCACAAUGGAAAGAAAUAUCUUUAGCUUGGGAAAGGGGUUAGCAGAAAGUGCCCUGUAUCCAACCAGAACUUUGAUAUGUAAAUUACAAGAUCAAAUGGAAUAUUUUUACUAAAUGUUAUCUUUUGUAUAAAAAUCAAAAUAUAACAAUGUAUUGUAUAUUUAGGCAAGUUUGCAUGAAUCUCUUAACUUUACUUCCUCUCUCUGUAAUAGACUAAGUCUGUGAAAAAUGCUUUGAACAAAGAUGUUGUCCUACACAGGAACAUCCCUGUUCCAUUUUAAAAGGUCAAUUAACAGUUUGGUAGGUCAGACUGAUUAAGCACUUAGUGUGCAAGGCUCUCAACGUUUACAAAGCCUUUGCCCUUCUACAUUAGUAAUGUUUGCUGUUGAUUAAAUAUAUAACGUCUCAAACAUUGGUCAAGAAUUUUGAUGAUUUUUUUAAAAAAGUCAAAACUGUUUAACUGCUUCAGCUAUAAUGCCAUAUGUAUGCCCUAGUUAUUAUCGUGCUUUUGGUAUCAUGGGUAAAAUGUGAUUUUAUACUGCCUGCCUUUCACUUCUUGAUGAAUGGGAGAACUCCAAACCAAUCAGCCUGCAUCGUUCUGACAUGCAUGGAUGUCCCAGUAACAAGACAUGGGGCAUAGAACAGCACAGGAACAGGCCCUUUGUGCUGAACCAAUUAAACGAGUAAUUAAAUGCCUUAUGUUAAUUC